GUGAUCUUUCAUGACUGCAACAACCUAGAAAUCAAGCAAAACAAGUACAAACAAGUUUGAUACUGAGUUAGAUCAGAAGAAAGAUCAGUGUGGGAAAUGGAUUCUUGGGUUCGAGUUCUGGUACUUGUUUUGGUCUGCCUUUUUCCAGCCUUGAUUGAGUGCAGAGUUCGCCACUACAAGUUCAAUGUGGUGAUGAAAAGUACCACAAGAUUGUGUUCGACCAAGCCCAUUGUGACAGUGAAUGGGCAGUUCCCAGGACCCACCCUUUAUGCUAGGGAAGAUGACACUGUGCUUGUGAAGGUUGUCAACAAUGUCAAAUACAAUGUCACCAUCCACUGGCAUGGUGUUAGGCAACUCCGAACAGGGUGGUCAGAUGGACCUGCAUAUAUCACUCAAUGCCCAAUCCAGCCAGGGCAAAGCUAUGUGUACAAUUUCACCAUAACGGGUCAAAGGGGCACACUUCUUUGGCAUGCACAUAUUCUCUGGCUUAGGGCGACAGUACACGGUGCCUUGGUUAUCUUGCCUAAGCGUGGGGUGCCAUAUCCCUUCCCAAAACCCCACAAGGAAAUCGUUGUUGUAUUAGCUGAAUGGUGGAAGUCGGACACUGAAGCUGUGAUCAACCAAGCUCUUCAAGGUGGAUUAGCGCCAAAUGUGUCAGAUGCUCAUACCAUCAACGGCCAUCCAGGGCCAAUUUCUAAUUGUUCCUCAGAGGGUGGGUUCAAGCUGCCAGCCCAAAGUGGUAACACCUACCUGCUACGCAUAAUCAAUGCAGCACUCAAUGAGGAGCUGUUCUUCAAGAUAGCAGGACACCAGCUUACUGUAGUCGAAGUGGAUGCAACCUAUGUUAAGCCAGUCAAGCUUGACACAAUCGUGAUUGCCCCUGGCCAAACCACUAAUGUCCUUCUAAAUGCUAAUAAAAACUCUGGCAAGUACUUGGUUGCUGCCUCUCCAUUCAUGGACUCUCCUAUUGCUGUUGAUAACCUCACGGCAACAGCCACUUUGCACUAUUCAGGCACACUUUCUAGCGCCUCCACUACUCUUACUAUUCCACCUCCACAAAAUGCCACUGCAGUUGCAAAUAAAUUCAUAAACUCUCUACGAAGCCUUAAUUCAAAGAAAUACCCUGCCAAGGUACCAUUGAAAGUUGAUCAUAAACUUUUCUUCACUGUGGGGCUCGGAAUCAACCCAUGUCCGACUUGCAAAGCCGGUAAUGGAAGCCGGGUGGUAGCCAGUAUCAACAAUGUCACGUUUGUUAUGCCAACCACUGCCGUACUUCAAGCACAUUACUUCAAUAUUAAUGGGGUGUUCACCACCAAUUUUCCUGGUAACCCACUACAUGUUUUCAACUAUACUGGCACCCCACCCUCAAACUUACAAACCACUACUGGUACCAAAGUUUAUAGGCUUUCUUACAACUCUACGGUUGAACUUGUUCUCCAAGACACUGGGAUCAUUGCCCCCGAGAACCAUCCGGUCCAUCUUCAUGGAUUUAAUUUCUUUGCCGUUGGUAGGGGACUUGGGAAUUAUAACCCAAAGACAGAUCCUAAAAAAUUUAACCUGGUCGAUCCUGUUGAGAGGAACACCAUUGGUGUGCCAACUGGUGGAUGGGUAGCAAUCCGAUUUCGUGCAGAUAAUCCAGGAGUUUGGUUCAUGCAUUGUCAUUUGGAGGUGCACACAACAUGGGGGCUUAAGAUGGCAUUCUUGGUGGACAAUGGAAAAGGACCUAAUCAGUCACUUGUACCUCCUCCAAGUGAUCUUCCAAAAUGCUAAGUUAUCCAAAAUGUCUACGUACAAGAUUACCUUACUGGUAGCAAAAUCUCCAACUCGAAGAAAAAAGAUUCAGAUCAGAGACAAGAGAUAAACAGUACAAAGAAGAGAAAGAUGAACUAUUAUAGUGAUAAUUAAUAAACAAGUGAGAUAUAAUAUUCAAUUUGUUUUAUAGGAAAUGGAAUUUUUUGAGUAGGGUGAAUAAAAGGAAUACAGUGAUUUUUGUUUUUAGGAUGCAAUCAUGUACUUACGUUUUUUGAAAGUUUAAUGUCGGUUAAUCCAAAGGAUUUUCGUU